AAAUAGUGGUGGUAGAUAUUCAAAGUAGCAAGUAACAGGAGAGGUAGCACAUUAAAAGCACAGUUUUGCUUUGGUGUUUCUUUAAGAUACAUCAGACAUGACAUCAAAUUCAAGUGUUCUUUUGCCAACAGGGCAAGCAAUGCCCAUUCUGGGAUUUGGAACUUGGAACGCAAGCGGGAAAGAGUUAGAAGUAGCUCUCGAUGCAGCUUUGACAGCAGGAUACAGACAUAUUGAUACUGCUACAGCAUAUGAAAAUGAAUGUGCUAUUGGCAACACUUUAAAAAAAUGGUUUGAUUCUGGCAAACUCAAACGAUCUGAUUUAUUUAUAGUAACAAAGCUACCUCCUAAUGGUAAUAGAGCUAAAGACGUUGAAAAGUGGAUCAAGAAAUCACUUGCAAACUUGCAAAUAAGUUACCUGGAUUUGUAUUUGGUACAUGUCCCAUUUGCAUUUGAAAAUGGAGAAGAUUUACGUCCGCAUAAUGAAAAUGGAGAAAUAAGAAUCGAUAUAGAUACAGAUCAUUUGCAAAUAUGGUCGGCCAUGGAGGAACAAGUGUUAGAAAAACGUACAAAAGCGAUUGGAUUGUCCAAUUUCAAUAUUCACCAAAUAAAAAAGAUUUUAGAUAAUGCCAAAUUACCUAUUUCAAACUUACAGAUUGAAUUGCACGUAAAUUUCCAGCAGAAGGAAUUGAUAAAGUUUUGUCAAGAUAACAAUAUUAGCAUAACAGCAUAUUCACCAUUAGGUACACGUGGAUUCCUCAAAGAAAUAGGAAAAGCAAAUACCAUACCGAAUUUAUUAGAAAAUCCAACUGUCUUAGAAAUAGCAGAGAAGUAUAAAAAAACUCCUGCUCAAAUAUUACUCAAACAUAUUAUUCAAAAAGGUAUAAUAGCCAUACCGAAAAGCUCAACAUCUACGAGAAUUAAGGAGAAUAUCCAGCUAUUUGAUUGGGAACUUCGAGUUGAAGAUAUUGACAAGUUAAAUGCUAUUGAUAUGGGAGAAUCUGGACGUAUAUGUGAUUUUUCUUUUUUUAAAGGCGUUGAAAAACACCCAGAAUUUCCUUUCUAAUAUUAUAUUGUGCUAAAAUUUUAUCUCAUAUCUUAUUGUGUUGGAUUUUUUUUAUAUAUGAGAGAUAAUCAUUUUAAGAAACUGUUAUUACAUAUUUCAUAUAUUAUCUAUAUAUAACUGUUGAAAAGUAAAUCUUAAUAAAUAAUAUAUAUACAUAUAUAUAAAUGAUACAAUUAAAUAUACACAUGUAAAACAAA